AUGGCGACUAGCAAUGGAGGGGGACGAGCGAAGGAAGGCAAAGGACCAGGCAAUGCUGGAAUGCCCAUCAGGAGAGAGGACACGAUAACGCCAAAUCCGCCUGGCAUACUACGCGAUCCAGCGGUAACAAGAGCGAGGAAGUUCAACACGGACAUUCCAGAGAUCCUUCCUCACGAAAGGGUGUUUCCUAUUCAGAUUGGAAGUGAGUUGUUCAGGUUAAGUGGGGCAAGUAUUAGCUCUGAUGCACCCUCAUACUUUUCCCAAUUUUUUCAGUGUCAGCUGAAACAAGCCGAGGAGAAUGGCGAUGAUUCGAAUGCCAUACGGACGCUGUAUAUCGAUCGGGAUCCGGUGACAUUUCAAGACAUCUCGUUACAUUUACAAGGCUAUCAUAUCAAGCCCACGGACGGGAGCCAUUUUGUGAAGUUAUUUGCCGAUGCGCAGUUUUAUAGCUUACCACGAUUGGUAUCUCAGCUCUACGAAGAGAGUAUCUUUAUAUCGAUUGGACAUCGAGAUUUCCAGAUUCCGCGAGAUAUAUUUUCAGACCCAGGCAACAGCCCCAAUUACUUCUCCUUGGGCUUCGCUGUAUUCUUUAGUACGCCAGCCGAAGUAUUUCCCGGCCUCCACCGCGAUGGUCUUCUUCGACCCCCCUCCAUCCUACCACCUUCAAUACCCAAUCGCUCCGCCGACGUCUUUGCCCAGCUAGUGCAACUUCUACGCGGCUAUCCAUUACACAUCAAAAAUGAAGACCAUCGCGCAGAACUACUCCGUGAUUGCAGAUAUUUCCAUCUCAAGGGCCUCGAGCAAAAGCUCAUCCGCCACUCCAUCUCAUUCAACCUCUCACGCAAGAAAGAAGAAAUUACUCUACGACUAGAAGACGUCCGGCAAUCAGGCAUUUCAGUCGUUGGGGAUCAGUCUCAAGCAGCCCCGCCUCCUCCGGCAAACUCCGUGUACGACAUGCAGCAUAAUCCACAGAUGGGUUUAGUCGGGUACGUAAAUUAUGCUCGACCAUUCGUGGACACCAAACCAUACGAGUUGGUUCUAGAGAUAGGCGGCGAAUGCACAAGGUUGCAUUUCAAGUCAGGUUUUGAUUCAGGCUGGCCAGCGAUCCGCGCGGAGUUCUUCGGUGAUUGUAAGACGAGAAUAAGUAGACUCUUUGAGGUUAUCGCUACGAAGUUGAAUUUACCUACCAACCAACCGUUGGGUCUGCUCAUGAAGAAAGGAGGCGCGAGUUCGCAGCCUGCGAGCCCUGGGAAUACUCCGCUUAAUGAGGGGGACUUGGUGCGUGUGGUGAUUGAUGACGAUUCAUAUAUAAGGUUGGAUGGGAGGGAAUGGUCGGGCCGCGAGAAGGAGAAGGAGGAGGAUAGUAGCGUCGCCAGCCUAAAUCUUGAUGAUGAGAAUCCUAGGAAGAGGAGGAGGACUGAGGAUGGUGGCGUUAUUAGGAGGUUUGCGGAUGAGAAUCAGUCGUGGAUUGUGAGGUCGGGACAGUGGAGACUGAGGAUCAAGAAUACCGCUAGGGGCGGGAAGGCGAGUGUGGAAUGUGUGCUUGUUGCUGUGAUGUUGGAUGCGUUUUCGGGGGAGUUGGGGAGAAAUGCUCAGAGGCAGUUCCUUGGUGCAUGA